AAGCGCUCCCCGUUUGUCCGACCAAGUAGUGUAACGACCAAAAAUAUCGUUAAAUAUUUAAAGUUUCAUUAAGUGUCUAGUGUGACAAAAUGAGAGCACCGAUUUUAGUUUCAGUCAGUUUUUUAUGCUUACUGGUCGUUGUCGACAAAGCUGUAGCACAGGAGACUGAAGCUAAUAUUAUAGCAAGCACGACGAGCGAAGCAACUGUCACGCUUUCGGACGACAGCGAACAUUUGACAAAUCCGAUUUUAGAGAGGUCUUCCCACGCCCACUCACAUGUUCACGUCGAACCUGCGCUCAAAGGGUUCUGGACGAAGAAGUUCGCUUGGCGACCGCGCUGGGUGAAGACCUGGCAGGAGAAGAAGAUCUACGUCGCAGUAUGGAAGCGGAUGUGGGGCCCCGCGGUAUUGAAGGAGUGGGUACCUGUGCCCAGGCCACCGCCCGGCUGGAUAAAGCACAACUCCGGAGCAUAUGCCGUCAAAAAAUAUCCUUACCAUUAUUAAGUCGUGAUCGUGGUCGUUGUAAACUCAUUUACUUAGGCUGUUCCUUUUCAUUAUAAGCUAAAGUACUACAGAUAGGUACAUUCUUAGUAAGUACUUACAAGGUUCAUGCACUUAAUAAAUGUUCAUUAAAAAUAAAUGAACAUCGCUCGCUCGUUGCUGUUCAAAAUUAAAUGUAGCCUCGGAAGCGCAUUCAAUAAAUGUAUUUCCUACUUAACUUUUGAAACGUAAAUACUAGUAACCUGUGUUAUUAAUAAUUGCUGUCAGUCAAUAUGAAUUCAAAUUAAUCCGAAUAAUCCGAGCCGUUUGCAGCACGCCAUAAUUUUUCAUCACAUUCCCGGCGAAUAUUAUUUUUCAUCGACAACGUCCACAAAAACCUCUGUGUAUUCUUAAUUUUGUCACUUCUGUCUUUCUAUUUUUAUUUCCAUUCUUGCUGACCGAAUCCUGAGGAUCUAUAUUUAAGUAUUCAUAACUGAACAAAAUAUUCCCAUAUAUUAGGUCUGAUUAGCGCCUACAUGAUGCGCGACCCACGACGCGACGUUUGCAUCUGUGUCUUAAGACAACUGUCAAAAUGUUUUCCAUUGGUCUCAAAGACCAUGAUUGGUCUACUACAAACAAGGGACAAAUUAAUUUGUCUAUCCAGAACGUUAUUAGUUACCUAUAAAACUUUAGUAACUAGAUACGAGAUUAUUUUUCACAACAAGGCACUUCUAGGAAACUGAACGACGAGAUUAAAGAACGAAGCAAAGAAGCAAUAUCCUGGCAUUACUCGUAGGUAGUGCUUAUACCUAAGUAUGUAAGUAUUUAUAUGUACUUAUUUUAUUAUUUUUAUGAAAUUCUGAGCGCAAAGCGAACGGAUCCACGGCCACGCGCGGCUUCUGAAAAAGUAUAUCUGCGUAGCAUAGGGUUGCCACCGGUACUAUAUUGUUAUGUGAAUAGGUAGGUAUACUAUACAGGGUGUUAGUGGGGGAUGAUUCCGCUCAUGGAUAAUUCCACUUGAUAUUAACUCAGAAUAAUGAGCAGAAUCAGCCCUGUCAGUAUUGGUUACGAUUACAAGUACGAACAGGUAGACAUACAAGUAAAUAUAGUAAAAAGUACUUAUGUAAGUACUCUAAACGGCGAUGAUGAUGAGAGUGGAAGAAGCGAAAGUAGUGUGUUACAAUGUAGUAGACGGAAUACCGUGACUUUGCCUACUUAUUCUUGUAUUAAAAAAAAUAUACUAUAAUAUUUUAGCCAAUUAAAAAAAUAUACGAUACCUAUUUCCAUUAAAAACUUGGCAACCCUAUAAAAUAAUAUGCAUGCACCCUGUUUGCUGAUCUAGGGCUUAAUAAAAUACCUGCUUUAAAAUGUUAGUUAUAAGUAUACCUUGACUAGUAUCUCGGCUAAUACAGCAAAAUGAAUAAAUAAGUUAUGGGUUUAGUAAUACAUACUUAAUACAAAACAUAAAUAAACAUAUAAUAUGCAUUCAACUGCUUUACAUUGGGACUUAUCUCAGCUUUGAGACUUCUCUCAAGAUCAUGUCAAUGUGAUAUUAUAUAAAAACAGGGACUUGAGCAUAAUCUUGAGGACAGCCCCAGCUGAGAUUAGUUUAUUAAUACCACCCUAAGUAUGGAGUAAAGUAUAUUAUCACCAUUUCAUUAUAAUGUGCAAUACAAUUUUUGAUCAUCAAGCUGCAAGUAUUAUUUAAAAUUACCCCUCCCCUAGUUGUUUGAGGGGAGGCUUGUGCCCAAUACCCAGCAGUUGAAUGCAUAUGUUUAUUUAUGUUUUGUAUUAAGUAUGUAUUACUAAACCCAUAACUAUUUUAUUAAUUUUGCUGUAUUAGCCGAGAUACUAGGUAUACUUAUUCGCACCUUUAUUAAUACCACCCUUAGAUAGAAGUACCUAGUACUUAUUGUAUCAAUAUUACUACUUCUGUACAGAAUAGUUUCGCGACUGCGAAUGUUACUGCUUGUUGCUAGAACCGGGAAAACGGGACAUGCAUAUUUCCGGAUGGAUUUUCCGGGUCUUUGUAUGAAACCGGAAACAAAGGCGAAUAGCGGGACGUUUUAGCGGUUCUAUAGGCAACAAGCUU